AUGAGUUCGGCGCCUCGUACUCGGACAAAGCCAUGCGAUCAAAGUCGAGAAAAACAUCUGAAAUACGGCAAGCACGAAGCAUCUCUAACGGAAGCAGUUUCAGAAGCGCCCUCCGGCGUUUUCGGGACAUCCCAAAGCCAUGAGGGCUUCAGCGCCUCUCAAGACCUUUCUCAACUAUCACUUACUUCAUCACCCAGUGGACAAUCGAAUUCUGCUACUAAUCACUAUGGAACGUCAUCACUUCCUGUUUUCCCAACGCAAUGGCCGCACUCCUCUCCUGAAGAGGAUACAGGAAAGCAUGUGAACCCUAGCGGGGCUGAUGGACAGUCACCCUUUGGGCAGUUCAACCCCCAGCUUUAUCAAACGGAUACACUUCCUUCACUGAUGGAACUGGAACUCCAGAAUCCAACUUCACUGCUGAGUGCCAAUUCGUCUCAGUCACUGGGCCCAGAGGAAGCUUGCCUCCUUCGUUGCUUCGUUGAGAAACUCGCCAGAGCGUUUGACACUACUGACAGAGAUCAUCAUUACACCUCAGUACUUCCUCUCCGAGCUGUACAUAGCCCUCUGCUUCUCAACGCCAUAUGCACCGCCUCAGCACGCUUCCUCACUCGGUUCUCCUCACUCCAAGACCCUGACAGAGUGUUCGAAUAUGCGGGGACACAGCUUCCAGACCUCAACAUGGAAUCAGCUAUCCAUUAUCACAAUAAGUGCAUCUCACAUCUGAUGGGAGUAUCAGCAGAUCCGAUCAACUCUUGUAGUGACGAUGCUCUGGCUGCCAUUACGAUACUGAGAUAUCAUGAGCAGGUUGAUACCCACUUUACCGGUAUCGAUAACGAGACCUUUUCGAUUGCAGUUCGCGCCAUAUUCCAAGCAUCCCAGAAUGACGCAGAUGGACUUCUUCACCUGAUUCUUCAACCUCCCCGCGGCUCAGAUGUCUAUGCAACUUCUCUCUCUUCCCUCAGAUUCUCGGCCUUGGAAAGCUAUGGCAUCUUUGAUGAUACGUUGGCUGCUGAUGACUACGACUGGACUAACCGAGUCCUCAUCUGGUGUGCUCACGUUCUCAAAUUCUGCUAUCCAGAUGAUGAUGACGAACAACCAAUCGAUAACCGCACGCGGUCUCAACAAUGGGAAGCUAUCAAAGACUUCCAGAGAAACUGGGACGAGAAACGACCACCUCAUUUCGCACCUCUCUACUACCGCGAACGCAGCCCAUCAGAAGGUCGAUAUUUCCCCCAAUACUGGAUCACAAGCCCAUGCCAAAUGCUAGCCCUUCAACACAUCGAACUAGCACGUAUAGUCCUUGCCGUGCACGACACCAAGAUCCAACUCGGCAUCGGCGGCAGGGCUGCCCAUAAAGCACUGGAAGAGCUUAUGAGAGACUCAACAAGACGUGUUUGCGGGUUUUCUAUGUCACAGAAGUGGUACCGAGAGGGAAUGGUGACUGCUGUAGUCGGACUGUCCAUGUGUGGCGAGUAUUUCCAAGACCCGGGAGAACAGGCUGCGAUUAUGGAGUUGGUUACGUUGCUUGAGCGUGAUCAUGCUUGGCCGACCAUUACUUUAUUGAACAAGCUUUGGGAUACUUGA